GACCAGAUACGUCGACCAGAAAUGAGUUGUAAGUACAUUUACAUUGCUCACAAGUGCGGCUGACAACACUUAGGCGAUGGUGUUUCAUCUGUCGGUUGAUGCAACAGAAAAUCCCAGGACUGAAGUUGUACGGAUUCUUUCCCAUAAAUGAUGCGUUUCUUCAGCAGAGGAAAAGGUGCUGCGAACUCGCGGGCGAGAGAGGGAAUGGGGGUGUGUGGUCUGUCGCUGACGUGCACCCGCGGCGCGCUCCCACUCACUUUGAACGCUCAGUGACGUCCAUAACUGAGAGCAAGCCCGGGGACACCUGACUUUCUGUCCAGCAGCGCGGAUGCUCGGGCGCGGGCUCCACCCAGCAGGAGCGCGGUCGGGCGCCGUGUGUUGUUGACUGCAGGACUUCCAGCGGAGGCAGAGGAGGAGCGGGCGGAGAGUCGAUGGAGACGUAAACAUUGCCAUGCCCUGCUCGCUGCAGCAGCCGCGCGCCUGCUCGAUCGCCCUCGCUCCGGGACGGGAGGCUCCGGUGUAGAGGAGACGGAGGCUGCUCGUCGAAGGUAACGAGCUGAGCUGAAGUUGUGUUCGGGACAGGAGGCUGCCACGCUCUCCCCCGGCCAUGCUGCAGACCUGCGACCUCUUCCCCACUUGAGCCUCUCCUACUGGGAUGAACAAGUUUCACACUCCAGGACUUCCUGUGGCAUUCAUCCUCACCAUUGGCUUCUCUCAGCCAGAACUGUAGACAGAUGGAGGGGAGCGUGAAACAUUGAGGAGCAGCAUUGUUCCCUUCAUUGCUCGAGUUCACAGCCACCAUGGGGGCAAAACAAACCAAGGGCCAAGAUUCUGCAGGGGCCAGUCCUCAACACAGCUGGAAGAGGACGCCCACCAAAGAGCGGGGGGACAUCCUGGCCUCCCUCAUGCUCAAGUCGGGGGACCGCCUGAGCCGUGGUGGGACGCCGCCUCCCUAUCAGCGGCGCAUCGGGAUGAUCCAGGAGAUGAUGAUGAUGGCCAAGCAGGGCAAGCAAGACGAAGCGACGGAGAUGCUCAAGACGCUCAGACAGGACCUUGGAAUGGAGUCGACGUCUUUGGAUGACGUGUUGUACCGCUACGCCAGCUUCAGGAACCUGGUUGACCCGAUCACACAUGACUUGAUUAUCAGCCUGGCACGAUACGUCCACUGUCCCAAGACGGAGGGCGACUCCCUGGGAGCGAUGGAGAAGGUUUGUCGUCAGCUGACCUACCACCUCAGCCCCCACUCUCAGUGGAGAAGACAGGGUCUACUGAAGAGGAAACCUCAGGCAUGUUUGAAGGCGGUGUUGUCGGCUCCGCCGUCCAGUGGGGCCUUGGAUCUGUCCGGUAUCCCUCUGGCUGCUCGGGACAUGGAGCGUCUGUGUGCUCACCUGCAGCGACACGCCUCCAGCGUGGUCAGUCUGGAGCUGGGCUUUACUGAGUUGACAGAUGAGGCCUUCCUCCUGCUGCUGCCCACCCUGGCUGCCCUGCCCCACCUGGAGACUCUGGCCCUCAAUGGGAACCGGCUGACCAGAGUCAUUCUGAAAGAGCUGACGGAUGCCCUGAAGGAUCCUGGCAGUUUCCCCAGUGUGACAUGGAUCGACUUGGGCAACAAUGUGGACAUCUUCUCUCUACCACAGCCCUUCCUAGUCAGCCUGAGAAAGCGCUGCCCCAAACAGGGGAACCUGCCCACCAUUCUGGAGUUUGGCGAGAGUCAGGCCAGUGACCCGCCGGAGAAGUUGAGGGGUCUUGGGGAAGAAGAGGAAGAGACGGACGACACCAACAGGACAGAGAGUCUAGGGGACCUGCGGUCCGAGGUGGAGGAGGAGCUGGAUGGAGAGAUGGAGAUCGAGGACAUGAUGGAGGAGCUACUGGACUUUGACAGAGAGGUGCAGGGGAAAGAGGAGGAGGAGGAGAGCAUGUGGACCAUGGAGGAGCAGAGGAGAGGGGGCAGGAGGGCCAGGGCGAGGUCGGGUGAGGAUGAUUCGUCACAGAGGAAGCGCCAGGAGCGUAAGGCGGUGAUGGCAGAGGACGAGGACGACACACAGAGCCGCUCCUCAAGACUCUCCUGCUCCAGCCAAUCGCAGCUCUCGUCAGCAGCCGCUGAGCCAAUGAAAGCAGAGGAGGAUGACCUAGACGACAUGACAGACCAAUCGGAGCAGUUGACCUGAAUGCUCUCUCCUCUGCUCCGCAAACACUUCCCCUCCUGCGUGUGAGGACACGCUGAAGCAGGCAGCCGUGUUGACAGGAAGUGAUGUAACUGAGCCAGCACGCCACAUGUCCUCUGCUCAUCUGAUUGAUGUCUCUGCUGCAUGUGGACUCAGAGUGACCAGCUGAUCCCAGGUCACUUCCAUGAGUGCAGCUGCCCAGCUAUAACGGGACACAAGGACCCCCUGCAGGACUGUGGUCCCCGUCUCUGUCCUGCUUUAGCCAAACUAACCGACACGUAGAGUAGACCAAUGAAAUAUCUCAUGAUGCUUUUACGUCUCAGUGGAAAUGUCUUUUCAGGUUGGUCCACCGCCAAUCCCAGGACGUCCUUAUGUGCCUGUAACACACCCUGUUUGUGGACUCCAGGGCCUUCUGCAUUUACAGUCUGCCAAAAACCUGGAGGAGAAAUAUAGAUGUUGCACCCCACCAAGAGGACUGGCAGCCAGGUGGACGGGACAAGCCGAGCGUCAUGAGUCCAAGCAGCAGAUGAGAGGACAGAUAAUACUUGAUCGAUGAGCUGCUGGACAUGAAAGCAGAGGGUUGAGCGUUGUGAGAAGACGUCAGCAGAAAACUAAAGGGUACAUUUUGUAGCAUUCAAGUCCGAUUUUGACUUGAAACACCAGUAUAGUGAUAAAAUCUACCUCAAUUGACCACUGCAAACACAUGAAAUUACUUUCAAGAAAUUGCAAGACUUUUCAUUAAAAGAUGAAAAAUUAUUACUUUUCCAACUGCAAUUAUUUCUAAGUAUGUUGGGGUUUUUUUGUAAAUCAUAUUGGUCUUAACCAAAUUAGCACUAUUGCAGGCUGCUCUCAUGCCAAUGAGGGUCAUCAGAGCCACGUAGAGAUGACCACAAAUCAAUUGAAAUGGGUGGCGAGCUUUUAUAGACACCCACUGUCCCUCUGUCACUGCCUGAAGAUUCACCUUUUAUCCUGCUACUACAAACUUUUCAAAGGACACAAACUUCUUUAUGAAAAAAAAAUCACUGACAAAAUCCUAAAACAUUGCAACUCAGAUGUACUUCAAAUGAUAGAGGUUUCAGUUACAUACAUAGCUGAACAUCCAGUCAGCCAGCCAGUGGCCUCCUUAUAGUCAGCUUCAAUUUCAAAUGAAGAAUUGCACAAAUGUAUCAAACAUGCAUGCGUGCAAAGUAAUCUAUAUUUCCCAUAAUGAAGGAGAAUACAUCCCUCCUGUUUUGAGUUCAAUUUGUGGUAUUAUGUAAAUGUUUUCCAUUAUUCUUUUGUCCACAAAACCCAUAUAGUAGUCGUGUUUCAUAUCUUUCAUAUCUUCAUAUAAAGGUUCUAACACUUUUUUAUUGUUGUAUUAUGUCAAACAUAUUUUAUAUAUUUUAGUAAUUCCUGGGGCUCAUUUGAGUCUUUCUGUAUUUUUAUUAAAUCUUGUCGUUUUGUGUGUUUGUACUCGCAUUAUUGCUUUAUUUUUAAGUUUUAUUUUUUUAUUCAUUUUAUAAAUUCUGCAUUUUAUGAAUUAUAUUUUCCAUCCAUUUUUAUCUCCCCCUUAAAACACGUUAAUGUCUACUUAUGAAAUGACAUAAAAAUAUCACUGUCUUUUCAACGAGAUCCAGUUCAGUUCAUCGCACACGACCCCCUUGCUUCAUCUUUGCUGGUACAGUUCAUUCACAAUCCCAAUCUGCUCUACCAAAUGAGUGGAAUUCCGAACAGAAGAUGGCGAGCUUGUGUGCUUACAAAAUGUACCUUUAAUGCGAGGAGUGGUUUAUCCAGGUGACUGUUGGAUGUAAAAACAUUUGACUGAAGGUUUGAAGUAUUCUGUGGCUGACUGAAGAGGCUUGUAUCUCUUGCCAGUGUGCUGCAAAGCUCAUGCUGCUGUGUUUAUUUUUAGGCCACAGGUACGAUCACACUCACACAUGACUGCGAGAACUUGAUACCCUGAUGUAGUGCAAGAUGUAGCUCUCUCCAGCCUGUGCUUUCUUUCCCUCUGUCUAUCACCUCUGGGCUCAGACUCUACAUACUUUAUAUACAGCAGUCCUCUUCUGCACAGCCAGUGCACGGGUGCAUCAUUAAGAUCCAUGCUGGCAGUGUUAUUCAUGACCAUAACUCAUGCAUCUGAUCAUGACAGGGCUUUAAACUUGUGUCACAGAAAGAGUCACACUGGGUCGGUGGACGGAAUAUUAAUGAGAUGGUAAAAGGUGAAUUAGAUUCACAGAUGGCGCCGCAAGCAUGAAAUACAUAAAUUAAAAACCUUUUUGUGAAUCAAAAUGAAGGGGUUAGCUUUGAAUAGAGGAGUGGAAUAUGAUGUGGAGGUGGAACAGCGUGAACCUUUGAGAUACAACAAUGGAGAGAGGUCCAGUAGAGUUCACUGCACACACCUGCAGAACGUCACUCUCAUGUUCAAGACAGAGGAGAGAAGGGAGUAAGAAGGUGUAGGAGGGAGGAGGCUAGGAAAAGAAAAAGGCACAGAGAGAAAAUGGGAAAAGGGUGAGGGGGUGAUAGAUAAAUACAAAACAGAGAGGACAGGGCCUAAAUAGAAAUGAGGAUGAAUGUAAAAAUGAAAACCAUUAGAGAGGAGAAAGAUGGUAGAGGGUUGGGAAAACACAGAGCUGGGAAGGAAAGGGCAGAUCAGAAGAAUCAGAGAAGAGAUGGAGACAACAAGGAGUUCAUCAGAGUCAACAGAGAGAGAAAGAUAAGACAGAAGGAAACCCAAUGAUGAAGUGAAAAAUCACUACAAGUGUGAGAGAGAUGGGAAAUCUUUGAGAGAAGUCUGUCUUCCCAUGUUGUAAAUCUCUAUUUGUAACAUUGGCCAUACUGUUGCUUCUUAGCUUGGCCACUCUCUAUUAAGAAUGUGAGGAGAAUAAACCCUCCCGUCCUCAACUCAACAAGAGAGAAAUCCACUGGAAUUUAACAUUGAAAUCGUAUUUUUGUACUUCACUCAAAUCAUGAAAUUUAAGCAGUAGUGGAGAAUGAGUGGUGGAAAGCAUCAUCCAGCCAAGAAACGAGGAGGCGCUGACGUCGCGACGUUUUGAAAAUAAUGCCAGCAGGUUACGUUCUACACUUUCACCAGUAGAGGGCAGCAUUGGCCAGAAACGUAUUUUUUUCUGAGCGAUACUGCAGUUGUGUGUACCCGUUACGUUUCAACGCUGUAAAUGACUUGUUAUAUAACACUUGUUACUUUAAAAUGGAUGGACCCAUGCACCUGUUAUUAAAAACGAUUAGGUUUAAUGUAUCUUGGGCGAUUAUUUGUAGAGAUGCAACAUGAUAAUGUGGUGAAAAUGAAACAGUCUUAGCCACUUGGAAAUCAGUGCAGUACAAAAUAACCUUUUUAAAUGUGUAGUGUGAGCAUUUAGUGAAGUCAAAUGGAAAUGUUACGUUGGUUAAAAAAGCGGGUGCUGCGGCACAGUAUUUGAAGUCCAUUGAAAAGUUAAAGAUUUGCUUACAAAGAAGAAUUCAAUUGCAGGAAAAAAAAUAUUCCACACGAAAUGUCACUGUUGUUCCAUUCACUUGCUCCGCUACACUGUUGACUUGUGUAUUGCAAUUGAAAAUUGUGUGAAAUUGUUCAGUGCAGUUGUGACCUGGGUAAAGAAGUCUACUGAUUUUGGCACUCAGUUCUGUCCAGGGCCGAUCAGAGCUAAAGCAGAUCUACAUCAGAUCACUUCAACAGCUACAUCAAUACAGACCAAAAACAAAAUAAUCCUUCAGCUUUGUCUGGUAAGGCCUGGCGAGGACAAUCAGAGGGUCAGGACAGCUGUGUAUCAGAGCUUGUUUGAAGUUACUGCGAGAAACUCUGCAAUCUUCUAAGAUCAGUGGCAAUUGUUUAUCAGCCUUCCCGUCAUCUUCUCUGUGCAGGAACGACUUUGUACCGUGCUGGAUAUCACCAAACUCUACGUCCUCGCUGAUAUGCCAGCAACAAUUACAUAAAGGUUUAUCAUCGUGGGUAGUUGCAGUCUAAUCUGAUCUUGAAUGUGGAUCAUACCCACCUUAGAGCUUCUGCAUUGCAGCUCACACAUACUCACAUCUGAGCUUGUGCAUACUAACCAGCCUGCAGGAAUCUACUGGUGUUUCAUCCAAAGCCUCCCUUUAAUAUACCUCACAAUAAGCUACCGUGGCAUUUACGCACUGCUAAAUUGCCAUUCCUAGUGUAACCCUUUAAAGAAAGUAGUGUAACCAUGGCUGUCUGUUACCAAGUGAUGCUAUUGUGAGAGUUAGAACUCUGUGUCAGCAUCUUCCUCUGCAUGUGGCUCUGCAAGUUAUCAAAGAUGUUGGGUUUUGUUUUGUUUUGUGAGCACAGCAGACCAGCGUCUGCCUCAUUACAUACUGUAGCUAAACCAGUUGCAAAGAACUUGUGCUUUAGACAAUGUGACAUGGUUGCUGUCCCCUGCCCUACAGAAACAUUUGGUCUCCAAGGCAACCUCAGGACUGUCCUUUAUCAUUCACUCAGUUUGUUAACCGUGAGUACACAAGUUCAUAAUGUACUGCUUCGGUUGGUUUUAGUGGUUUUAGUCAUGAUUUCUAAGAAAAUUCUGAACAUGGCUUCAUAGCAUUUAGGAGUCUAGAAAUGAAAUGCUGAUAUCAACCUGAAAUCUGAAACCUUUUGUACUUUCUUUCUUUUUAUCGCUUCACCAUGUGUAAGGUUGUCAUCAUUAUUUUCCUCAAGAUAUUCCUUUCUCACACCAGAUUUUUAUGUUUAAGCCACAUAAUAAUGUUGAGCUACUAGAAGAAAUACCCUGUAUAUUCAUUUAAUGUUAUGUCAUGGGUCUCUGCGAAUAAAUACUAUGACAGAAAUAAUCAUCCUGACGUGAUGGUUGCUUAUUAAAUAGUCU